CGCUCUCAGGCCGCCUCCACACUCAACUAUACCGACCUUGAAUAUCGGAGACGGGCAAAGGUCUAGUAUGACAGUCGAAGAGGGCAAGUUGCCCAUGUACGGGAUGCCGACCGGUGCGCCAGCGCAGGCGCAUCCCGGGCCCCCCUUGCGCCGCCGUCUCCUGCGCUUCGUCCUGGCUGCUGUGCUGUCCGUGACUGUGGUACAGUACCUCGGCCUGGUCGCACAGCUGUCUGGAAACGACAGAGGCGAGGUGGUGAAUGUGCCAUUGCGCGCGCAGGAGUACCUUGACAAGUGCCAGCUGCUUGCCGUCAAGCCCGGCCCUCCUGCCGACUUCCAUACUCGGACGCACUCGGACCGAUUCGUGCCAGGGACUCAGCCUACGCUGAUCCUGAACGCGACUAUUUGGACGGGGCGCGACAACGGCCACGAAGUUAUUCGCGGCGACGUUCUCCUCCACGGCGGGAUCAUCAGACGUGUCGGACAUUUGCAACAAUCUACGUUGGAGGAAUACGCGGAUUUGACUCGUAUCGACGCGAAGGGACGUUGGCUGUCCUCUGGAAUUGUGGAUUUGCAUAGUCAUCUAGGUGUAGGCUCAAGCCCGGAGUUAGACGGCGCUGACGAUACCAACUCGCUGAAAGCCCCAGUACAACCUUGGCUCCGAGCGCUCGAUGGGCUGAACACUCACGAUGAUUCCUACGCGACCAGCAUUGCUGGUGGCGUAACGACUUCGCUUAUUCUGCCGGGUUCCGCCAACGCCAUCGGUGGUCAGGGCGUCAUCAUCAAGUUGCGUCCGCCUACAGACCGCUCGCCCACCGGCAUGCUUCUAGAGAACCCGUAUGAGACAAACAGGACCGUGUACGAUCCCGCCGUGUCGUUCCGUUACCGACAAAUGAAGCAUGCGUGUGGAGAGAACCCUCAUGGUGUCUACGGCCCCGGGUUCACUCGCAUGGACACCACAUGGGCGUUCCGUGAGGCGUACGAGAAGGCACGACUGAUCAAGCACUCUCAGGACGAGUUCUGCUCGAAGGCCGUCCAUGGUGAAUGGGCAGGCCUUGGCGAGUUCCCGGAGGACCUUCAGUGGGAGGCUCUGGUAGACGUCCUCAGGGGACGUGUCAAGGUUCAAAACCAUUGCUACGAAACCGUGGACCUGGAUGACAUGGUCCGGCUUACGAACGAGUUCAAGUUCUCUAUUGCUGCAUUCCAUCAUGCACACGAGACCUACCUUGUGCCAGACACGCUGAAAGCCGCAUAUGGUCACCCACCUGCGAUUGCACUCUUCGCGACCAACGCGAGGUACAAGCGCGAAGCUUAUCGUGGCUCGGAGUUCGCGCCGAAGAUUCUCGCCGACAAUGGUUUGCAAGUCGUUAUGAAGUCUGAUCACAACGUCCUUGACUCUCGCUUCUUGUUAUAUGAGGCGCAACAAGCACACUACUACGGACUUCCGGCUAACUUGGCUUUCGCGGCUGUCACCUCGACGCCUGCACGGGUUAUGGGUCAAGACCACCGCAUUGGUUAUGUUUCGGAGGGCUACGAUGCCGAUGUUGUACUAUGGGAUAGCAAUCCCUUGGCCCUUGGUGCAACACCGGAGCAAGUGUGGAUCGACGGGAUCCCCCAAAUCGCGAAGCCUUACGCGCACACGAAGCCUGCUGCAUUCCAGACGCUGCCCAAGACGCCAGACUUUGAAGAGGAGGCGAAAGAGGCACUCAAAUACGAAGGCCUGCCCCCGCUCGAGCCAAAGCGGUCGAGCGCCAAUGUCGUCGUCUUCACCAACGUCAGCAGCGUCCACCUCCGCGAGGGGCAAGACAUCCGCGAGGCGUACGUCGCCGACGCUGCAGACGCGCUUUCUGCUGGGGUGGUAGUUGUGCGCAAUGGUCAGGUCGCGUGUGUCAGCGCUGCUACGGGAACCUGUGUGUCCUCUGUGCGUGCCGAGGACAACGCGGAAUUCGUCGACCUGGAGGGCGGUGCGGUCUCCCCAGGGCUCGUCACUGUAGGCUCGCCUCUUGGGCUGGAAGAGAUGACGUCCGAGGAAUCCACCAUUGACGGCUACGUCCUCGACCCUCUCACACACGCCGUGCCAGAGAUCGCCGGGGGCAGUGGGAUGCUCGUCCGCGCUGCUGACGGCCUUCAGUUUGGGACUCGCGAUGCUCUGCUGGCAUACCACUCUGGCGUGACGACGGGCAUUGUUGCGCCGCAGAGCACGGGAUUCCUCGCCGGUCUGAGCACGGCAUUCUCGACUGUCGCGCACCACAAACUCGAGACGGGCGCGAUCGUUCAAGAAAUAGGUGCCUUGCAUGUGUCCAUCCACCCCGUUGGCAUCCCCAGCGUGAGCACGCAGAUCGCCGCGCUGCGCCGCCUCCUGCUCGGGGAGACGACAGGCGAACUCAAGCAUUGGCUGCGCAAGGUCAAGCAGGGUGAUGUUCCUCUCGUGGUGGAUGUUGAAAGCGCAGACGCGAUUGCAUCCAUUAUUUCGCUCAAGACGGAAGUCGAAGCGCACGUCCACCACGCGAUCCAAGUCACGCUCAUCGGCGCCACCGAGGCUCAUCUCCUCGCCAAAGAACUCGGACAAGCCAAUGUCGGCGUCGUUAUCCAGCGCACGCGGCCGUUCCCCAACGUGUGGGAGAAGCGGAGAAUAUUGCCUGGCCCGCCGCUCUCUGAGACGAACGCGAUAGCUGUUCUGCUUGCACACAACGUUACAGUCGGUGUGGGCGUCGAGGAGGCAUGGAUGGCGCGGAACACGCGCCUCGAUAUCGCCUGGGCUGCACUGGAGUCGGGCGGUGAGAUCAGAAAGGCAGACGCACUCGCGCUAGCCUCCGUCAACGUCGAGAAGUUGCUCGGCGUUAAGACGGACGGCCUCCAGGCAGACCUUGUUGCUACCCGGGGCAGCGAUCUGCUGGAGUUUAGCAAGGUGGUGGGCGUUAUGUCUCCCCGACGCGGGGUAGUCGAUCUCUUUUAGGCCAGUAGCUUAUACCCCUAUCUUGAGUCAGCAAU